AUGGAUGAAAACGAGAUCGAUUUGAUUCCUGAGCUUGUGGUCGAAGAAAAUGAGCCCAUCAGAUACUCAAAGGGCAGCAAAAAAGCUACAAGUUAUAGAGAGCAUUCUGGUUUAACUGAGGAAGAUGCGAUAACUAGGAUACCGAUAACGAUUGUCACUGGAUAUCUCGGUUCAGGAAAAUCGACAUUAUUGGAACAAAUUGCGAAAAAGGGUGAUCGAAGGAUUGCAGUUAUUUUAAAUGAGUUUGGAGACUCAGCUGCUAUUGAAAAAUCAUUGACAGUAAAAGCAGGCAACUCUCAAGAAUAUGAAGAAUGGUUGGAUUUAGGAAAUGGAUGUCUUUGUUGCUCCGUUAAAGAUAAUGGAGUCGCAGCGAUAGAGAGAUUGAUAGCAAAACGAAAAGGUUUUGAUUAUAUCCUUCUCGAAACAACAGGGUUGGCCGACCCCGCCCCCAUAGCCACAAUGUUUUGGCUUGACGAUGCCUUAUCCUCAAAUGUUUACAUCGAUGGUGUCGUCACGGUGAUAGACUCUGAAAACAUUGAAAAAUGGCUUUCAGAUACAGGAGGUCACACCCAUGCGCCAACAAAAACUGAUAGUGAUAUAACAAUUGCUCACCUACAGAUUGCAAUGGCUGAUGUAGUUCUUUUGAACAAAGUUGAUAAAAUGGGCAGUGAAGAUCUUGACCGAUUGGAAGAAAGGGCGAAGUCCAUCAACACUCUCGCGCCGGUGUAUCGCUCAAAGUACGGAGACGUUGAUCUUGGUAAGAUCUUGGAUUUGCACGCGUAUGACACCAAAGACAUCUCACCGUUUUUGAGAAAUCAAGCUCUGUAUCAUGAUUCUGCAAUCCACACAAUUACUUUGGAGUUCUCGAAGCUUGACAAGGUCAAAUUUGAAAACUUUGAACGAUUUCUGCAAGAUAUACUUUGGGCGGAAAAUGAUGUUGAGACAUGGAAUAUGGAGAUUUACAGAGCGAAAGGUUUAGUUUAUUGCGAAACGACUUUCAAGGUACUACAAGCGGUGCGAAAAACGUAUGACAUUAUAGAUGGUGGGGAAGGUGCUCCAAAUCAAAAAACACUUCCAAACAGUAAGCUCGUUCUCAUAGGAAAAGGAUUAUCGUUUGAAAAAUUGAAAACUCAUUUUCAGAAAUCCGUUGGGCUCUCCUUGAUUGAAAGCCAGUGA